UCUUUGGAGGCAGGGUUUCAUCUGUUCUGUUCUGGCUCUUAUUUUCCAUUGUUUUGUUCAACUAUUUUCACUGACUUUGAUUAUUAUAUAUAAACCGAACCAAUCUCCAAAAAUCACAUUAACUUUGAAUUUCUUGACGGAGAAACCAAUGGCUACUGCUGCAACUACAACUACUGCCCCAGAUUUUAUUGAAUGAGAAGAGAAGAGAAUCUCCAAACCCAACACUUUGUUUGACAUUCCCAUUCAUUCAAGCUAAAAUGAUUCGUCAAUCUCUUUACACCCCUCCUUCCAUCACCUUCUCAACCCCAUCUCCAAAACGUCAUCGUUUCGCUCCUCCUAGUUGGAGAAUUCGAUGCGACGCGUCGUCGGUGUCGGUGGAGCAGAAGGUUGUUGGGCCUUACCCUGGUGGGCUGGGCCCACACACGGGUAGAGACCCAAACGCGAAGAAGCCAGAGUGGCUGAGGCAGAAAGCUCCUCAGGGCGAAAGGUUCCAAGAGAUUAAGGAAUCCUUGUCCCAUUUGAAGCUCAACACUGUCUGCGAGGAGGCACAGUGCCCCAACAUAGGAGAGUGUUGGAAUGGAGGUGGAGAUGGCAUUGCAACUGCGACAAUCAUGCUUCUUGGGGAUACUUGCACACGUGGGUGUAGGUUUUGUGCUGUGAAGACCAGCAGAAACCCUCCACCUGCUGAUCCUAUGGAACCGGAAAAUACUGCCAAGGCAAUUGCAAGUUGGGGCGUGGAUUAUAUUGUCUUAACAAGUGUGGAUCGUGAUGAUCUGCCUGAUGGAGGAAGUGGCCAUUUUGCUCAGACUGUCAAAGCUAUGAAGAAUCUCAAACCCGAGAUCAUGGUUGAGUGUUUAACUUCUGAUUUUCGGGGUGACCUGAAGGCUGUAGAAACUCUGGUUCACUCAGGUUUAGAUGUCUUUGCUCACAACAUUGAGACAGUCAAACGCCUCCAAAGAAUUGUUAGAGAUCCUAGGGCGGGGUAUGAGCAAAGCUUGUCAGUUCUAAAACAUGCAAAACAUAGCAAGGAGGGUAUGAUAACAAAAACUUCUAUAAUGCUGGGCCUUGGAGAAUCUGAUGAUGAGGUGAAGGAAGCAAUGGCUGAUUUAAGGGCCAUCGACGUUGAUAUUCUGACACUUGGUCAAUAUUUGCAGCCAACUCCCUUGCACUUAACUGUCAAAGAGUAUGUUACUCCUGAGAAGUUUGAUUUCUGGAAAGAAUAUGGGGAAUCUAUUGGUUUUCGUUACGUAGCUAGUGGUCCACUGGUGAGAUCUUCGUACAGGGCUGGGGAGCUGUUUGUCAAGACAAUGGUACGGGAAAAGACCAAGAAUGUUGCUGACUCGUUGUUAUGAUCUUUAGGUUCUGCGAUUAUGUAUAUUAGGCAACAACAACUGACGAGGUUUUGGCAUGUUCAUUGCUGAGGAGAAAAUGUGUGCGGGCAGAAAAUUCAAUACUUUUGAAGUCAAUCAGCUUUACGUAUUCUUUGAACCAGUAAUGUUUCUCAAUUUUAAUUCUUUAGUAAAAAUUGACAAUAUACGUAAGUUAAAUUGUGAUAGUGAAAAAAGAACAAAAAUUUCAAAAGCAUUAUAAAGCGAAAAUGAUAAUUGGUUUACUUAAAAGGAGGGUGUUUUCUCUUA